AAAAAAAAAUAGUCGUCUAACUUCACAAAUUUACCGAUCGUUUCUGCUUCGCCUUUUCGGAAUCCAAACUGAAUCUGAUUUAAAUCUUCAGAAAUCUUCGCGAUCUUCUCACCAAAUCAUGAGUAAAGCACAUCCACCAGAACUCAAGAAGUUCAUGGACAAGAGAUUGUCAUUGAAGCUGAAUGGCAACCGUAGAGUGACUGGAGUUCUUAGAGGAUUUGACCCUUUCAUGAACCUUGUAAUUGAUGAAGCAACAGAAGAUAUUUCGGCUACACAGAAAAAUGACAUCGGCAUGGUGGUGGUGAGAGGAAAUAGCAUCAUCCUUCUUGAAGCCCUGGACAGAGUAUUAUAGCAAUAGCCAUCCAGUCAUGACUAUUCAUCUGUUCUAAUGCCUUGUAUCCAUUGUGAAAGCUGGAGGAGAAAUCACCUGGACACUCAAUAACUUAACACAAUUAACACAAUUGGUAGAAUCAUCAUAUCAAUAUUGUCAAGUUCCGAAACGCUUGAUUUACAGAGAUAUCAUCUCAUAAUCAUGUAAUUUAUCUUUUCAAAAUUAUGAAAAAAAGAUAUCACAACUUAAGUCCAACUGUAAAUAAUCCUGUAAAUAUAUUUGUGUCUUGUUGGAAAAUGUAAUUUUAAAAGAAUUUUGUUGAAGGGGGAGGGGGGGGGGUCAACAUCAAUACAUUUUGGAGAGUGGAAAUAAUGAGGAAGAAAACCACAGAUAUUUUUAUCAUUCCUUUAGAGAAUAUGCCCAAUUUUCACUUUCUGUAUUUACAUGCUAGUGGGUAAUUUUCUUUUUUUUUAUACAAUGCAAAUAUACAGUUAUACUGUUUUAGAUGUUAAUGGUUUCUGCAUUGCAAAUCAGUAACAACAAUGUUUGAAUUAUUUAUCUAACCAGAAAUAAUGGUAAAUCAUACCGUGAAUGUAUUCUGUGAAAUUCCCAGUAGGUCGGGGUAUACAGUAUUUUUUUUAUUCAUAAGUCUUGGUGAUUCAUGUUCUGUAUCUGAUCAGUUUCUGAAUCGUUCAUGUGCACAAACCUUCAUCACAGAUGUGUUUUGGGGAUCAUCUAAAGGAGUAAUUGUACUAAACGGUUGUUACUGGUUUUGUAUUUUCAUUGUGUUCAAUAAAUCCUGCUUGUACAUUUUCUCAAA